AUGCAGAAGAUGAAGGAUCCGCGGCCUAGGUCUUCUAAACCAACGACAAUUCAUGGCUAUGCGCAGACAGGAGAUAUUAAUGCGUUCCAGAAGUUACUUCGCAACAAUCCAUCUCUUCUCAAUGAGCGGAACCCUAUCAUGGCACAGACACCCCUUCAUGUUUCUGCUGGUUACAAUAGAAUUGAGAUUGUGAAUUUUCUUCUUGAUUGGCAAGGGCCUGAAAAGGUUGAAUUGGAGGCCAAGAACAUGUAUGGGGAGACUCCUUUGCAUAUGGCAGCUAAGAAUGGAUGUAAUGGAUCUGCAAAAAUCCUUCUUGCUCGCGGUGCUGCUGUCGAGGCUAAAGCAAAUAAUGGGAUGACUCCUUUGCAUCUUGCUGUUUGGCACUCGCUUAGAGCUGAAGACUUCUCAACUGUAAAUACUCUGCUGGAGCAUAAUUCUGAUUGCAGCGCUAAAGACAAUGAGGGUAUGACACCUUUAGAUCAUCUCUCACAAGGCCCAGGUAAUGAAAGAUUACGGGAUCUUCUCCUCCGGUAUCUUGAGGAGCAGCAUAAGAGAAGAGCCAUUGAAGCAUGUAGCGAGACAAAAGCCGUAAUGGAUGCUCUUGAGAGUGAGUUGUUAAAUAUAGUGGGAUUGAAUGCACUUAAGCUGCAACUUCAGAAGUGGGCCAAGGGGAUGCUCUUGGACGAGAGGCGCCGUGCCCUUGGGCUUAAAGUUGGUGCCAGAAGACCACCUCAUAUGGCGUUUCUUGGUAAUCCUGGAACAGGUAAAACAAUGGUAGCUCGAGUCCUCGGAAAACUACUCCACAUGGUGGGCAUACUUCCAACUGAAAAGGUAACAGAAGUCCAAAGAACAGAUUUGGUUGGAGAAUUUGUUGGCCAUACAGGCCCAAAGACAAGAAGAAAGAUACAAGAAGCGGAGGGAGGCAUCCUGUUUGUAGAUGAAGCGUAUCGCUUAAUACCAAUGCAGAAGUCGGACGAUAAAGACUAUGGAUUAGAAGCAUUGGAGGAGAUCAUGUCCUUCAUGGACAGUGGAAAAGUGGUUGUAAUAUUUGCUGGGUAUAGUGAACCAAUGAAGCGUGUAAUAUCUUCGAACGAAGGCUUCUGCAGGCGGGUGACGAAGUUUUUCCAUUUUGACGACUUCAGUUCAAAAGACCUUGCCCAAAUGCUUCAUCUUAAAAUGUGUAAUCAAGCUGAGCAAAGUCUACUGUAUGGAUUUAAGUUGCACCCCUCAUGCACUGUGGAGGCGGUUGCCGCUCUCAUAGAACAGGAAACAACUGAAAAACAACGUCAGGAGAUGAAUGGAGAUGUUGGCGACGUUUCGCCCGUUAUAAGAUCUAGUGCCCGGCUCAGUCACCAUCGUCGCCUCUAUUCAAGAGAUACCAGGCCCGUGACCGAAUUUCGAUCGCCCUCCGCCCGCAAACAGCCACCCCUGACGCGACCCUCCUCCGGCGAUUCCUAG